AUGAGCAAUGAAAAUGUGCUUUUGAGUCAAGGGGGUUAUUUUGUACCUUCCUUUCAAAUGCCACCAGUUAACUACCAUCCAGCACCUAUUCCUGCUAGUGCAUUAAAUUUCGCCCCUUCUCCACCAGCGAACGAGCCUUUUACAUAUGUUUCUCUUGAGGAUUUAAAGGCAUUACUGCCGCCUGAUCAGCAGGAUGAAAAAAUCGAGACGGGAUUAUUGCCAGAUGGACGCGCAUAUGCACCGAGGUCUGCUAGAAGAGAUCGUUAUUGCCUCUUUACUGGAAAGAUCCCGUACAUUCUCUAUUUCACUCAGUACUAUUUUUCAAAAGAAAACAUUGAUCGUGAUGCAAUCUUCCGAUCACUAAUGGAUGACAAUUACUCUAUUUCAUUGGAACAAGUUAUUCAGGCUCCUCGACUUGCAUCUGUAAAUACAACUAUUGAGGAAUUAAAGACUGCUAUUGAAACUGGGAGUGACUCGUUAGUAAUUGUUUCUAGUCCGGAAGGCAUUAGCUCAUUAAAGCGCAAAGAUAACUAUCCUGGACCUUCAUCUGGUCCUAGUUCUUUGCUUCAAGCUGAAUCGACUAGGGCGAGUUUCGAUAGCCGGGCCGGAAAUUCUGAAAGGCCUACUCCUUCGGCCUCGGCCAACCCGGAAAUCGAUCCUUCAUUUCCUCCUCUGCAACAGUAUUCGGUUUUCCGUUUCCCUGCCUCAAAUAACCUGGAUCCCUCUUCUAUGAUUUAUCCGCCUCCAAAUCCUUUCUAUCAACCUCCGGCUCGAGCACCCUCUGUUACAGCGACUGCUUUAAGUCAAAAUGCUGCAAUUACUCAACUCACUUCAAUUAUGUCGGGCAUGAAUUUAGGACAGCCUGGUCAACCAACGCCUCAAGCCGCUGCUACUGGGAAUCCUCAUCAUCCUACUGCACAGCAUGCUUCCCAAUUUUUCAAUCCAAUGUCUAACUUUGCUGCUGCAGCACUCGCUGCUUUUAAUGCGAGAAAUACGAAUUUUCAAUUCUCUGCUCCUUUCGCACCCAGCUUGUUUCCAUCAAAUGCUGCUGGCCCACCUCGACCUGGGACUGCUCCAGCUGCCAGUAUCCCGCAUCAUCAAUUUUUCAAUCCUCAUCAGCAACAAACAGCUGCCGCCCAAAGAAGGGUGUCUCCUCCUCCACCUCAUGCAACCACUAUGCCCCCACAGCAGCAGACUCCUGUCAACGUUUCAGCAAAUGUGCUAAAUCUUCAGCUUCCUGGUGCUGCGCCUCCUCUGUAUAAUAUGCACAACCCCCAUGACGCUCAUUUUGCACCCGGUUUUCCUCCCUCCCAAUCAUAUGAUUCUGCUUGGCUAACUGAGGGUGCUGCUCUGAUGAACAGCGGUAGCUUCUCUCACCUUGGCUACACCGCUCCUUCUGUCAUGUCUGGUACUCCCAUAAUGGCUUGGCCUCCCAAUCAGCCCCCACCGCCUCCAAUUCGCUCUGCCCAACACCAUCAUCCUAUUCCCCAGGCUUCUAAUUACCAGCUUUACAAUGUCCCACCCGCCAGCCUCUUGCCCACUCAAGUUACUACUACAAAUCAGCCUACUACCGUUGCUACGACAUCUCCGAAUGAGAACGUCAAGAAUGUUUCCACCACUACGAAUACCAAUGCUCCUAUUCCUUCUACAAGUGUUCCGAGUAGCAGUGCGAGCAGUAGUAUCGGUGGUAAGGAUGAGUCGACGACAGCAUCGUCAACGGCUGCUGCGGUGAAUGAGGAGUCAGGUUCAGCUCCUCCAAAGAAACAUUCGGUGGCGACUAAUCAUCAGCAGUCGUCUGGAUCAGCUGCGCAGCAACAUUCUCGACCGAAUAGUAGCGGUAGUAACAAGGGUAACAAGUACAAUAACAGCAAGUCUGCCGCAGGAAAAGGUGGUGGCGGUGGUGCUGCUCAACAUCAUUAUCAUCAUCAACGUGGCCAUAGCAACCGGGCUCCAGGAAAUAAUAUGGGUCCGGUGUCUCCUACUGCCUCUGCCUCGAGGACGUCGAUAACAGCAGCUGUAACAUCAAAUUCGAAUGCUGUAGCCUCUUCGCCUCCCGCAAAAUAG